GUCUAGCGUGAAUUAGAUCUACUUCCCUCCUCCUCUCUAGUCUCUACCCCUUCUCACUCUUGUCCCACCCUAUUUCUCUCUCGCACUUGCUUGCUCUCUCACAUUCGAACUUUCACCUAGACAACACCUAACAACAACGUCUGCGUCAGCAUCAAGGCUUAUCUUUAGAUAAGACAACACGUUGUGGGGUGUCUUUUUCUCAUAUCUGAUAGUUCAUGCAAGUUUUGGUCUAUUGGCCAUGUAUGAGUCACUAGAGGUUUCAUGUUUUGUGGAAAAGAGCAAUUCAUUUAUGAUCUUCCCAUUCGACUUGGAAAGUGUAUCAAAUCAAAAUUUUAUGCAGAUGCGGUCAAGUUUUUAUUGGAGCCACACCAAUUUUUAAGGCAUAUGGGGACUCAUCCUUCCAUGAUUGCAAGAGAACAUCCGAAGAAGCAAUGAGUAUAGUUACAAAGAAACUUCAGGAGAAGGCUCUUCCAGUGCAACAAUGCUCUUGCUUCCCAAAAGAACAUACCAACCCAACUACAUCAAGCGUAAGAGAACCCAUGGAUUCUUUGCUCAUUGUUGGAGAAGAUUUACAAGAGUUUGGACAUUACCCGAACGUUGCAUUUCAUGGUGCCUUGUCCCAUGCUUACAUUUCCUUUUAUCUGCUGAGUAAAAGUCUCGGAAAGUCGGGCUCACACUUUCAUCCAGACAGCAACUUGUUUGUCCCUUGUGAGAAGAAAGAUGUGAUCACGUUCAUGCUCUAUUGGGCAAAAAUGGUGGGAUUGUCUAAUUGUGCAUUUGUAUAAUGAAGGUUGUUGCUUAUGAUUUUGGGAUCAAGCACAACAUACUAAGGUGCUUGGCAUCUUACGAAUGUGAAAUAAUAGUUGUCCCUUCAACAUGGCUAGCUUCAAAGACACUAGAGAUGAAUCCAGAUGGAGUUCUUUUUAGCAAUGGCCAAGGAGAUCCAAUGGCAUUGUAAAGGGAACAUCUCUUGUACAAACCAAGAAUUUAUCAAUUUGAA